AUGUGCUGGAAGGGCAUGCCUUAUAGUCCUUCUCGGCUAAGCUCGUGCCGCUUGGCGGCCGUGAAGGCGCAUCGGGCUCCUGCGCGCCUCCUCGCCACACGCGUCCGCGCCUCAGGCAGGUCUCAUGCCGAGCCCUCUUCUGAAUCCGAAAUGCACCAUGAAGUUGGCCGUCGGGAGCUGCUGAUCGCGGCUGCCGCAACUCUGCCUGCAAUGUCCUCAAUGUCUGCCUUCCCCGCCGUGGCAGCCGAAGCCGGGGACCUGAACGAGAGCGCCAGCGGCCUGAAGUGGAAGGAUGUUCAGGAGGGAACCGGGCCGUCGCCAGUUAAGGGCGCUGUCAUCAAGUGUCAUUACACCGGCCGCCUCACCAACGGUACCGUAUUCGAUUCGUCGUACAAUCGUCGCCAACCGCUGUCCUUCACGAUUGGCGUUGGCCAGGUCAUCAAGGGCUGGGACAUGGGCAUCUUGGGCGCCGAGGACAUUCCGGCGAUGAAGGAGGGCGGCAAGCGCCUUCUGGUCAUCCCCCCUGACCUGGGAUAUGGGGCUCGCGGGGCUGGCGGUGUGAUCCCACCCAAUGCAACACUCGAGUUCGAUGUGGAGCUGCUGCCGCGCAAGUAGGUGGUGGAGAGAAGCGACGCACGACACAGAUGCGCUCGCGCGAUGCGGCGCCAUGCAAGAUAUCGGAAGGCGCGAAGGGCCGAGGGCGCGGACGACGCUUGGUACUUGGGGGAAUUCGCCGCAGAAAUUUGCCAUUUUGCCUGUGCACAGUGCCCAAGAAAAGGUUUACUUUGUGGAAUGCAUCCACGCAGCUUUUUCAUUUUCAUUUUUUUGGUUGUAAACUGGUACUGGGUACUCAGCAGGACGGCCGCAGUCACCGAUCAGUCGCCAGCAGGCACUUGUAAAUUUGCAUCUCUUCA